CGUUCUGCUCUUGUCGAAGUAAUAGUACGACUCCUGUAAGCAUAUUACGAUGACUGGUCGCGGUAAGGGAGGAAAAGGAUUGGGAAAAGGAGGAGCGAAGAGACAUCGCAAAGUACUUCGCGAUAACAUCCAAGGCAUUACUAAGCCGGCUAUUCGUCGUCUUGCACGUCGUGGUGGCGUCAAGCGUAUUUCUGGAUUGAUUUACGAAGAGACGCGUGGUGUACUGAAAGUAUUCCUCGAGAACGUAAUUCGUGACGCGGUUACUUAUACCGAGCAUGCAAAAAGGAAGACUGUCACCGCUAUGGACGUCGUCUACGCCCUGAAGCGUCAAGGAAGAACUUUAUACGGCUUCGGCGGUUAAACAUAGACAAUUGUUCUUGUAUACAAACGGCCCUUUUCAGGGCCACAAAUUGUCAAACAUUGGAAUUUUCUUACUACAGCAAUUAUUGUUUUAACAUAUAAUUUAAAAGAAUUGUCGGAAUUCGUACUCUAUAGAUAACAUUUUAUAAAUACUUGUAUCAUAUUUCUUGCUUUUAUAUUUGUCAGUAAAAAAUUCGAUAUUACAAUUUUAAAAAAUUGAAUUGCCAUUAUACAUUUAUUUGCAAAUAUUUAAAAAUGAAGCAUUUACGGAAAACGAUAAGCAAAAAAUAGUAAUUUUUAGAAAAACGUUUUAUAACUUUUAUUCGAAAAUAACGAAUAAGAUGAAAAUUAAGUAUAUAUGUAUGUAUUGAAAUAUAAAUUUUUUACUUUUUUACAAACUUAUUUCAUAGACGCUGAUAAUGUCAGUAGUUUGAAGGCCUAUAAGAUCUCUCUACAUGCAUAAACUAUAUUCAAAAUGUGUGAAAAAUUUAUUGUUAUAUAUAUUUACAUAUUCUUUUUAUUUACAAUACUAAGUGGGGCAUUUUUUUAAAUUCAAUUUUAUCAUUAUUUCCUAUAAUUGCAACUGCUAUCUAUAAAGACGUAAAAGUAAUCCUAACCUCACGAGGAAUAAAUAAAUUUCAAAGAAACUAAUUGUUUUAUUCGUCAGACUUUAAUAUGAUUAAUGAGGUUGAAACUUUU